AAAAUAUCUCAAAAUACAAACUAUUAAGUUUUUGUUUUCUAUGACACACACCUACAUGUUUAGAAAACGAUCUAGCGUCCAACUGCUCUCCAUAGUGACAUGGUUAAAGCCAAAGAGUAGCUUUUGCAAAUUAUUUUAACCAAUACUUCCCAAAUAGAAGAAAUAUUUUAGAAACACAAACAGAAGUCAUGCGUACACUUUAAAGGUUCACUGCAUUUAGUCGGAAAUAGUUAAUAUAAAGUAUAAACGUCAUGUUUAAAACCAUUAAUACUUAACUAACCUCAGUUGAGGAUAGUUUUGCCUUAUAAAUAUGUUUUGUAUGUCGUCAUUGCGUUCAUUUUGUUUGCCGCUAAACGCACUGCAGACCGUCGAUUUUUAAAAUCCUGAGGGGAACUGGAUACAUUGAAAUACGUUGCUGGUUUGCUGAGAAUGUUGCCGAUGACAGUCGUCUGAGAAGUAACUUGCAACAAUUUUCUAAACUUCAUUUACGGUGUGAGUUGUAAAUUUUGAUUAAAACAACGUAAACGGAAUUAGUUGUAAAAAAACAGGUCAAACAAAAGUGGGCCUUCAUAAUCAAACAAGUUCACUUGUUGGAGUGCCGACCAAAUAACGGAAAGUUAUGACUAAAUUUAUGCUCUGUAUUAUGUUUUAUCCAUUCACGUCAGAUUGCUGAAUUUAUAACUUUUCCUAUGCACUUUCUUUUAAUUAUAGGUAAUUGAUGCGAUGGUUAUUUUGGUAUCUUUUUUGUCGGACAUAUGUUAUGUUAGAGUUGACUCCCAAGAGAUAUCUGCAAUGGUCAUUCUCCUUUUGUGGAGGAUUGCGAGAUUGAUAAAUGGUACGUAUUGUUGAUGGGGACUUAUUUGUCUUUAAACGUUGAGAAAAAGUCGUACUUUUGCUUCGAGUUUACUAAAGUAGUGUUAGUUAUUCAAAAUCUUAGGCCUAAGCGGUUUUUACCAUGCAAACAACAACUCCAAAUACUAAAAGAUCCCGAAAUCAUUUCUUGUCUGCUUUUUCAGCAAUGCUCAUGUAUGAACGUCAAAGGUGUGAAUUUCGGGUAACUUUACAAAAGCGUGCGAGACGUUUAGGGGAGAAAAAAGUUGAUAAUCUAGAACGCGAGAAGGAAUUACAGCAGGUAGGUUUAUUUCAUAAAAUUGCAAUAUUUCUUAGAGUUACCACCAAAAUGAAAUCGCGCCCAUUUAAUUCUCGUUUAUGUAAAAGUAUAGUAAACCAUAUCCGUUAAAAUCACAUUCACAGCUUAAAGCAGUUGUUGUGAAAUGUGUUUUUUUCAGGUCGAUUGUUUCAAUAUUACAAGCAUUAUUUAAAUGUAAAAUAAUUAACUUCUUUCCAGAGAGGACGAUGUGCCAGCACUUGUUACGAGUAAAACGCUGACACUGUGCAAUUUUAAAUUUUAAAAUUAACCAUUACAAAUUGGCUUUUAGCCUGACCGUUAUCUUAUGCAUCAGGACUUUGAUCUUUUCAAUGGUUUGGUUCUCAAUUAAUCAAUUUAGAACGAUUAUCUUUGGUAUUUCGAUAUUUCAUUCUUUUAGAUUUUUAUUUUGGUAACGUUUUUAUCGAAAUACUUAGAAACAUAUAUUGGCGCUCGAAGAACUCUUAAGAUCACUUGGCUCACCGGAGGAAACCAUACGCGAUUGCAAGCCCCGCUGUAAGUAACAUUUUGAGCAAAUGCUUGAGAUUUCAUUAAAAAACAUUGGUAAAUCAUGCUGCGCGCCUGGUUGAGCGUUUAUUUCAAGUGCACUUUACCAUAGUUAGUGGGACGAAUGAGUUAUUGGGGCUUUGUCAACUUGUGUUUGAUUGAAUUGCUCCGCUUAAAUAUGCUGAAUUACUUCAGCGUGGUGUUUAAAAGCAUUUUGUAUCUUAAUUCUACAGGUAAAUCACAACUAUUCGUGCGGAAUUGCACAAUGCUUGUGGUUAAAGCGGUUUUUGGAGGUUUUAUUCCAUAGGUAACGGAUCAACUAGAGCAAAACAUUUUAUUUGAUCCUGUCCAAUCUACUUUUGUGGUGCGAUAGCGUACGCAUUGCUCCCUAACUCUACCAACAUAGAUUGCCAAUGCGGCUCCAGCACUUCCUACUGCCUAGACCUAUGCUACUAGAGAGUGACAUCCAGAACGGUGUGCCAUAUAAUUAACUGAAAACUGAUGCUUGGAAUGAUAACACAGAUAGAUUCAGCAGCGUAAACGUCAUGGCUGGGGCUUUUCAAAGAAACGUAAAUUUACUUUGGGCGAUCUUAGUCUCCAGAAAAAUUUGCAGUACGUAUCCAAAUUCAGCAGACAUUUACCAAUAUUUUUCAAGUAGAAAAGAUCACAUAAGUGAAUUUGAGAAAUUGAUCUGCAACGACCAUAAUCUCCAGGCAGUCCCAGAAUGAUGUUAUUUUUUCUUUAAGUGGAUAUCCUUUAUUCCUUUCACGUGAAUUUCACCGGAAAACAACGAUAAAACUGCCUGUUUUAUAACUUCAAUUUUAAGCAUGUACGAAUCCACUGUAGUUUUAAAAAAGGGGCGAGCAGAAGGUUUACUUCAGUACCGCUUGCCAAUGAAUUUACAUCCUCUUCGAAUUUCCUCUCUAAAGGAGGGACACAUAUUACGUAAAGAGCCCACAAACGAUCGUAAAUUUUGUAGACCAGCAUGUUUGUAAGUGUCAUAAUAAUUUUCUUCGUAGCACGUCUGCAUGAUUCUGCGCAUUGUCACUUGAUGUUAGGUAAAUAGCCAUGCCAACGUCUUAUGGCUUCUCACAAUUGAAGACAUUUUAAAAACCGAACUACUACCCUGCAGCAGACAGGAAAUUUGCAAAGAGUUUAUCUUUCAGGUACGAUAAGCAUUUGGAGAAGUUGUCUGUGCAUUUUUGUCAAAAUGUACAACUAAAUGCGCACAGAAAUCAAACGCAAUUUAGAUGCAACUGCUGGGUUUCAGAGUACAGUGUCCAUAAUUGACCAGAAAUAUGUCCACUUAAAAGCCUGCAGGCCGGAUUUAGAGCUAUUUUAAUUGCUCACUGGCUAUUUAUAACAUUUCCUGUCUGAGGUUUUCACGCAUAUUUGGUAAAUAAUUCCGUGUGAAAAUCAGAAGUAACGCGCCAGGCAUUUUUAGAUGUUCGUCACUCUAAAGAGCAAACCCAGAACGCUCUAAAAUCCAUCGCUGCCCUGACAACAGGAUUCAUGGGGGGCAUGAUCGGCGCCCCCAUAUCGCGUCAGGAGGCGCUGGCUCGCUUUACUGGAAACAACAAUACUGGAAGUCCUUUACAGCCCCAUCCUCAAGUAAGAUUAUCAUGCUCGUUGGCUCAGCCUUGCAUUUACUAAUGCAUGCAACUUCUAUUAGUGGCACUCACAACGCCCUGAUAUAAUUAAUACUCAGAAGUACAAAGAUAGAGAUUAUGAGUAGAAUUCAAAACAUUCGCUUUUGAUAGCUGUGAGCUUUAUUGAUAAUCAGAGUACAAAAUUAUUAACCCUUAGAUGAUUAGGCAGUCUUCUUGAUUGCGGUUUUAUGUGUUCAGAAGGAAAACCAAACAGAUACCACAGAAAUUGCUAUUUAAAAGUGCUUGCUCUCCAUACUAUCCACGUGGUUGUAACAAAAGCAAAUAAUAUUUUGCUGCUAGCUAAAUCUGAUUUACUUGCUUAAUUAAAAUUUUGGAUAAAAUGUCCAAAAUAUGUUUCAACAGAUUGUGACUCGCUGACAUAUGCCGGAGUGUGCUGUAGUUAAAUUCAGGGCAAGCUAAGUCUUGUACCCCGAAAACAACAGCGCGGAAUCAACACAGAGAAUGCAACGCAGAUAUCUUUUGUUCAAAUAAUAUCUCAAUAUGGGCAUCGGUUCAAAGUCUAUAAUUGUGCUAACAGACAUAUAUUUGAACUGAAAACAAUACAUUAGCUAGCUUUAGUGAAAGAUAGUUCUUAAAGUGUCCGUUUACUUUUUACCACCAAAAUAAGCACUAACUGAGCAUUUGAAUGAAAAAUGCAAGGAUAGGUUUCCGAUUUCUGCAACCGUAGCUAGAAAAGAUUUUAUCUUUUCCUUACUUGCCUGCUUACGUUUGAAAACUAUUGAAACUUUAUUCCAGACCACUUCCUCCUAACGCACAGAUGAAAAAUGGAAGUCUAUUAAGUUCUAUAGUUGAAUUUUUGGAGCUUUUGUUUAAGUGUCCACCUGGCGUCAGAAACGUCAGUGUCAAACGGAAAAAGCAGACAGUUUAUUGCUUCCGUGACAUAUAAGGUCAACGUAAAACGAUCAUGUACAAAGUACUUUUGAUUUGGCAAAAGAUUGUGCGAACUAUGCGCUAUAAGGUAGCGCAGUACUGGGCAGAAAUUGUCGCUUAAUAUUAAAUGUCUGGACCAUUCGUUAGAAGAUCACAAUCUAAUAAAGUCCACAAGUAAAAACGGUAUCAGGCUUACAGCGCAUACUGAAAGAAAACAAAAAAUAGGGUCUAGUUGCCAAAUUGUUUAUGAAUACUGAAAAGGCUACGAUACGGGUAUCUGUUCUCAUUAAUCGGACAGUUCUCUGAAAUGUGCCUAAAAGUACCCUCUACAGACAUCUCUGUCAAAAGUGCUUCCAUGCAUAUAACAUGUAUACCUCACUUGUGCCUGAUUUCUCUAUUUCAGACGGCACAAUCAUCAAUGAACUCUGGGCUCUUUAUUUCCCGUGAUAACAUCUCUAGCGUUGCCUGCGACUCCCUCAACAGUGGAAGUAGGCUCUCCAUGAAAACCAAUAGUCUAAACAGCAACGAUAUCUUUUCUGUCGGGGAGAACACUGCGGCCGGUACUAUCUACUCCAGACGAGCUCAGCUCAUGCGAAGCCGUGCAGAUAACCUUGUUAGAAAUGUAAUAAUGCGACAGAUGAGCAAUGCACUGGAGGAAGCGCACGAUUCCCCAAGACGUAAACUGGGUCGACACAAAGAAAGCAAACAACUCUUAGCACAGGAGGGCGACAACACCCAGUUAAAGAACUUUAUCAGUGGAAACUACGAAGCUUUUUCCAACAGUUCUCGAACGAGAAACAACAGCGAAAAGUACGUUGUGGGAAACUACAAUUUUGCACACUUAACUGUUUACAGUGAUUAUGCAAGUAAUUUUAUUUAUGGAUACUUGUGGACACAAUGAAACAACGAGUUCUUGAAUUUAAAAAAAUGAUGCCUAAUCGCUAAAACCGGAAUUCUUAUUUGGCAGGCCGUUCAGAUUUUCACUAAAAUACAGCAUUAGAGACAAUUGCAGAUAAAGGUGAUGAACGCUCAAGGAAACAAUAUUCAUAGGAUGUAGUUGUCAUGUCACUACACAUACCUGUUUAAGUAACAGCCCAUGCUUUCAUCUUUGAAGAUAACUUUCAAUGUUAUUAUUGCACGCUUGGCACUACCGACAAAGGCAGGAGACUGGGAUGGCCAUUUCUGGCUUAUUAGCCGUCGUCAGCCAACCAUACCCAAGCCCGAAGUGUGGAACUCCCGAAGCUCGAACUCUCGACCAGAUUGUUAGAAGUCCACGCCUCUAAGCACUGAUCCACGAGCCCGUUGCCCUGUCGGUUUUCGAUAGGGAAUAUGCAAUGGUAGGGGGCGCUCACCGAUCGCUCUUACGGAACUCACUCGUUCCGUUUUGUCUUACGGGCUCUCUCUCGAGCCCAACCAGCAGCCGCACAACGGCGCAUGAUAUAGGUAUAAUGGCAUAAGGGGCGUGGUUAGAGGCGUGGACGCCCCCUGCAAUUGCAUAUUAUCGAUCGAAACCGAUAGGGCAACGGGCUCGUGGCCCAGUGGUUAGGGGCAUGGACUUCUAACUAAUAGAUCGCUAGUUCGAGCCUCGGGUUUUCCACACUUCGAGGUUGGGUAUGACUGGCUGACGACGGCUCAUAAGCCAGAAAUGACCAUUCCAGCCUCCCUUGUCCUUGUCGGUAAUGCCAUUCUGCCUGUAUCAUGCGCCGCUGUGCAACUGCUGAUUGGGCUCGAGAGAGAGCCUAUAAGGCACAACGGAACGAGUGAGUUUCGUAAGAACGAUCGGUGGGCGUUCUCUACCAUUAUUGCACGUUUGCCUGCAUCCGAGGCGCUAAUUGUCGCAAAUUCAUUAUUGCUGUUGCUUAAUGGCAUAAAUACUACUCGAGAAAGUCGCUUUCUGAGAAUCUCCCUUGAAGUAAUGUUCACCCGCAAGCUCCUUUUAUGCUCCUUUUCACUGUCUAGACAAAGUCUCAGCACCGAAGGAGGAGAAAGACAUUGAGUUUGCUAAUAAACUGCGGGCCAGAGAAACAUAAAGCAAACAGCCAGCGGCUCGUGCGGUUAUUGUCUUUUGUGAAAUCUUUGGUCUUAUUGAACUUGAAUUUGUGGCCAGGUGACGUCGAAUGAGGCGCGAGAUAGGAGCUGGUGCCGUCCCUCCUCACUGUUUCAGCGUGCUCGACCAUCCGCGUCCGGAGUAAUCUUUCAAUUUCUCCAGCAGAUUUGCUUUACGAGCAACUGCAUCAGACUCGGUAAACGACUUCAGGCGUUUUUCGCAGUGGCCGUUCGGUCUAACGACUUGGCGCACAACGCUUAGCUCCGGUUUAUGUGAAACAACAAAUUCAAGGGGCGUGAAGAGGCGACAGACGGCUUUCGAGACUUCAUUGACAUAUGACAUUGAUCCCAACAACUUAACGCUAGUAUAAUGGUAUUUAUUUGCUAUAAACACACGGUGAAGACACUGUUAUUAACAAGCCGACAUUGUGCCCAAACUCAGCCGGUUUGCAACUGACUGACUGCUGUUAAGGCUCGUAAUUGCUCUGUAUGGCUCUUCUUAUGCCUGACAAGAAAAUCAACCUGUCGUUUAUUUUUUUUUCGAUUGUAAAUAACCUGUCCACGAGGACCUCAUUAAGAUGUUCCGCGGAGGUUAUUACUUGAUUCAGUCUCAUAGCGACGGGGAUAUCAUUAAGCGUUUUGACUAAUUUAAGUAAUUCAAAUGACCAAACAAUGAAAGCUCGACAACCUCGGUGGGAUUCGCAAUCACGACAACAAGGACAAGGCUUCAGCGAAGCCAUUGGUACAACCACCUGCGUUACGAGGCCUCGGCAGGGGCCGUGGUUCUGACCAUAUUUCGGUCAAGUUACCCGUCCAAACUCCUGAAACAUCUUGAAUGCACCAAUUCAGAUACAGCAAACUGAUUGUCUUAACAGAAUUUCUUAAACAAUCAGUUUCGAAUGCACCAGAUGACUACAUACAAGACUUAUUUUAUCAAUAGGUUUAUUUGACAAAUUUGAGUAAUUUUGCCCAUAUGAUGAAUUCUGCAUUAACGGCUUGGGAAAUACAGCCUGGACAGUCAGCUUACUGUACGAGGAUCGGUGUACACUAUAAGUUGCAGUAGAUUGGUCAAAUUCUUCUUUUCGCCUGUCACUUCCCUUUGACAGAACACUAACUUUGCUACUUUCAUUACGUUGAACGGUUAGAAAUUGGUUUUAUCAAGAGUGGCCUUAAGCCAUGACACCCGUAGUUGCUCCUUUACCUGCUCACGUUAACCAGUUUCGAAUUAAGUCUGAGUCAUAAUUUAACUCCAAGCGGAAGUCCAUACUAAUUGUCUGAUCCUUUACAUAGUAGAAAGACAUAAAUUGCAAAGCAUGGAGUCAUAAUAAUAAAUUUUUAAAACAAUAGCUACCAACAUGUGCAGUAAAUUGUUAUCAACAGUUGGGCUCGUUUUAAACAUAAUUCAAUGACAGUCGUCUGGAACUUUCGCAGUUCGAGUUUAAUAAUAAUUUUCUUAAUCUUAGUAACCGCAGUUCUGAAAGUUUAUGAUAUGCAUGAGAAGAAACAAAAUAUCUUCAGGGUGCUUCGUCAAAAGCAGAUUUUAAGUAUAUUUGGAUUGCUAAUAAUAUGAUGAUCAACUCAGUUUAGAUUAUUUGUUCUAUCUAAAUUCUGUUUGCGCUAUCGCCCUGCAAUGCGUGUCGCCAAACGCCUGGUGCCCCAAAAUAUGCAGUAUUGUUUUUAGGUUUGCUGUCACAACUUCCAAAAUUGCAGUGAAAAUGCUUAAAAACUCUGCUGUCGCGGACGUAUUUAUUGUAUCUAACAGAUCACUGUCUAAUUUUUAAUUAUUUUAAUAAAGAAAUAACAAAAUCUACCCUCGCAUUCCGCAGUCCAAUUUAUAUUAUGUCUUAUUUUGAUCGACGUAUCAACUCCAAUAAUACUGUUAAAAAACCCUUAUUUCUGAUGCCUGUAAUUUUGAAGAGAUCCCGUUAGUAGACAUUAUUAACCAGUUAAAGAAGUGUUCUUGCCUAAAGUGCGUAGGGUAACUGCUUGGCACGAAUAUCCCAAGAGACCAGAAGAAGCGCUUAUGAGCGUUGCUGGACGCCUAAAAGUUGCCUGCUAGACAGGGCUCUAUGCGGCAAAAUCAUGAGCAGACUUGUGAACUAAAGUGAACUUUAAAUGAACAAACUUCUUCUUUUAAACUUUCCCUUUGCUUGGCCUACAUGCUAAGGUUUCAGUCUGAAAUAUUUUCAUACACAGAAUGCCAAUCAUAAACAGGCUUUGAUCUUCCGGUUUAUUUCUGAGGUUUUACUGUCAAGCUAAGAUAAGGCGAAAUGUAAAACGGGUUGUCUGUUGCUUAGUUUUAAGAAGUAAUUUAUGGCGCAUUAUAGAUAUACAACUUUUUUGACUUAGAUGCUAAAAACCACGGUGCUCUCGUCGAGGCUCCAGCCUGCAAGAGCAAGGGCAAGGCUUUGGUACGGCCAAAACUACAGUAGGUGGGCUAACUCAUGAAAUCUCAAGAGAAAUUACAAAAUACGUUUCCGUUUCGAAAGGAUUAAUUAAGUAGGGCUGUAAAACAAAUCAUCGUGCAACAUAAUUCUAUAAUAAUUCAGUUAUCCAAGGACACAGGCAUUCAAACCAACCUCUUUUCGGCUGUAUCGAGAAAUCAUACUCCGUAUAAAAUAACUACUUAAGUAGCAUGCAUUUUUUCAUUGAUUAUCGAUACUCUUAAAGAUUCAAUUAUAUUUCAUGGGAAACGUGCAUAAAAAUAUUCAUUCUUUUGCCCAUUCCGUAAUAAAUUACGUCUUCUUUUAACCGUACACUCGGCGAUGGGUAUGAAUAAAAGUGUCUAAUUGUGAGAUUUUUAAGACCGUAAAAUGGUCUUUCAUAAAACUUCAUGUCUCCGCAUUUACCAAUGUGGCUUGUAAAGUUAACAAUUUGGUUCAAAUCCACUGCUUAAUCUUAUAAACUCUAUAUGGUCGCCCCAUAUAACCGUAAAGAAAUUUGUGAUUUUCCGAACGCAUAAAAUAUACGGCUUGUCGUUUUGAAGCCCUGAAUGCAAGUGUAACAGCAGGUUGGGUUAAAAGUUAUUCGGGGAUUGGAAAAGUUUUAUGAAACCCAAAAACACUCUUCUUUCGAGUGUACGGUUAAAAGAAGACGUACUUUACUACUGAAUGGGCAAAAGAGUGAAUAUUUUUAUGCACGUUUCCCAUGAAAUAUAAUUGGAUCUUUAAGGGUAUCGAAAAUCAAUGAAAAAUGCAUGCUACGGAGUAUGGUUUCUGGAUACAGCCAAAAAGAAGUUUGUUCGAAUGCCUGUGUCCUCGGCCAAUUGCAUUAUUAUAGAAUUAUGUUGCACGAUGAAUUGUUUUACAGCCCUACUUAAUUAAUCUUUUCGAAACGGAAGCGUAUUUCGUAAUCUCUCUUGAGAUUACAUGAGUUAGCCCAUUUACUGUACAAACAUCUGGGCUAUAAAAGCCCGAGCGAGAGCCAGGAGUUCAAUAAGAUUUGAAUCAGGCCACGGCUCCUGCUAAGGCCUUGUGGCUCAGGCAGUUGGUGCACUGAUUGUACUCGAACCUGGCCUUUGCUGUUGUUGACUCGCAUUUCCCCGAGGUCACCAAGGUUUUUGUAACUUGGUUAGAUGAAUACUGCAGAUCUGUCAAAAAAACCAUUAAUAAGGCUACAAAUCCACUUGAAGGGCAAAUAUAAAUGAGUGACAGGGUGAAUGUGAAAUGACAAAAGUCUUUUUAGCUUUCUUCGAUCUACUUCUUUAGUCACUGUGACUUUCUCAUAAAAGAUAUCUGACUACUUUAAAGUCACUGUUUGCAAAAGUUUACCUUCUUGCCGGCCAUUCCGAAACAGUGGACAGUUGUGCUGAAGAUAGUCAUAUCUAAUUAAUUUGCAGUCAUCAGCCAGUAGUAACGAAAUGCAUAGGUAGUUGACAUGCGAUUGCAUGAGUGCGCUUAAGACGUGUAACUCCAGAGCAAAACUGAAAUGUUUAUUCCAGCACUAAAUGCAGAUCAUCCUGCGCAAGUUCCAUGUAUACGCUAAAACGUCCAACGGAUGGCAAGUUUUCGGGGAUAAGUUGUCAAGUGUCUUAUCUUGUAUGUAGAUAUGGAAUUUGAACAAGAGAUCGAUCAUUAAGGGAAUUAUUAAUUUUAUGGAGGUGGAUUCCGCUUGCAGGAAAACCCCAGCAUGCUUUUAAACUCCAUUCAUCGCUGAACUGUGCAGGUUUGUAAAACUAUUCAAGACGUGGUCCGUUGCCCUGAUACAACAAGCAUCUUUUCUAUCCCCUUUAUUAUCGUGCAGCGCCUUUCGUUUUUACAGGUUAGAACAUACCUGAACUGUUUUCAGUUUUUAUUCUGCCUGCAUGAGAUAGCACUGUAUCUCCAAAAAAAUUCCAAUACACUAGCACAACUUUAUUGGUUUAUUUUACAGCCGAAGUGUAAUCGGUGACCGACCCCAUUUAAUGUCAGCCGAAAUCCUGAAAUGCGUUUUCGACUACUUAGAUGGUUUGAGAUAUUGACUAUCGCGCUGCCUAAUUUUGUAAUAUUUCAAAGUCUCAGGAAUGUUGGAUUUUGGAAGCAAUUCGUUAUAAUCGCACGUAAAAUCCGCACUCAUUGGCCAUACAAAUUCAAAUACACGUCAGGGAAAACGUGCACAAAAAUUCUUUUUGUGCUCACCUGUGGCAAAUCACUUAUUUAAAUUUUUUACUCGAAGGAGAGAUAUUUCUGAAUUUAUGAAUUUCGUGAUCUUGCGAUUUCUUAUGUCCAUGAAAUGUUCACUCCUACGGCAUCGCAUCUGAAUAUUUGUUGUUGCUGCCUGUGAGGUAUACAACAGGGUCCUCAUUCAUUGCAAACUUUUAUAAGCUGUAUAUGAGUCUUCUAAAUACAGUAGAAAAUGCAAGAUUUUCCUUUCAUUGAACGUAUACCCCAUGAAGUUCUGAAAUAGUGAAUGCAAGUGCAGUAUCAGAUUGAGAUCAAAAUUACUCGAGAACAAAAGACCCUUUUAGAACCAAAAGAUGAUCUUUCUUCGAAUGUAAAAUAGAAAGAAGAAAGGAUUCGCUAUCAAAUGAAUACGAGAAAGAACGUUUUGCCCAUGUCUUCGAUGGAUAACAUUUAAAUCUAUGCGGGCAUUCGAAAUCAGUGGAAAACUGCAUACUGCAUAAGCAGUCACUUAUUGUCUGUUGCUAUUUUUUAUGCGACUACAAAGGUCGGCAUCCAGAAUUCAACUUCCCUCCGGGCCCGAAAUAUCAUGAUAAUCAAUAUUACAGCGGUACUGAAUAGUACUUUCUUAUCGAAAACGCAUUUCAAAAUUUCAGGUAACAUUCAAUGAGGUCGUUAACUGAAUUCAGUGAGCCUUGGCUUUCGUCUAUUUGUGGAUCUUCAUAGGGAGCUAAACGCUCUCUGUCCUGUUUUUCAGACUUCGUAGGAAAACUUUUGGGGAUAUUUUUCCAGUCCAGAGGCUAAAACGUCAGGCUUUCUCCUUGGACAACGAUGAUUCCGACUCAAUCACCAACGAGUUUAUGACAAAUGAGCCCGAUCUUCACAGUUCGAGGGACCAGCACCUUCUUCUGCUCCCCAGGCUUGAACCCGUACCUUCUGUAGGCACGCAAGAAGAAGAGGUCUUCAGUGAAAAAGACCCUAUACAGUGCGAAAAUAGUGAGCUGUCUCCUUCAGAGGACCGAAUGCCGGUGAAAACGGUCACAGUUGUGGAACCCCGCUCAACAACUUCGCGGCCACAAAUUUUGAUAAAUUUGCAUGCCUCUAACUCCAAGGUAGCCAUUGGGGAGUCGAAGUCCACGGAGGUCCUUCAACUGAGUAACGAAGUGCAUGAGGACUUCCGCCAGCAGGCGGUAGUUAUAAGACGAAAUUCAUGCACCAAGGCCGCUGACUGUCUGCUCUCGCCUGAAACAGUUAAUAAGAAAUGCAACGAAUUCCUCAGCUGCCCAGGCUUAACGAUAGUUCGAACCAACAGCGAGCGAUGUUUUUGCGUUAGUCCAAUAGUAAGUGCAGACUUACUGAUAAUUGUUGUCAUUUAUACGUCAAACAAUAUAAUCGAUGCAGUAAUAAUUUUAGAUUGAAUAUUAGUUGGUUUUUUGAAAAAAAGAAAAUUGACAUUGUGCUGUAAAAGUUAUUUUCUUCAGAUAGCAUCUAAUGGUUGAUUUACAGCGAGUGACCGAUUUCGUGAAAUGUUGGCUGAAAUUCGGAAAUGCGUUUUUGAUUAGGAAGGAUUACAUAGGUGCGGUUGUAAUAAUGAUUAUCUUGCGGCAUAAUCCAAUAAUAUUUUGGACUCGGCAGGAUGUCGGCAUUUGAAUGCACUGAUUUUCAAACGCCCGUAGAAACCGUACUCGACAAGAAAUGACCACUUACGUAGCAUGCAUUUCACAUUGAUUUUCGGCAGUCUUGCAAAGUCAAACGUAUUUUAUAGAAACUACGAAAAAAUAUGCUCUUUUCAGUCGUCUGAUAGAGAUUUACGUCUAUUUAUAUUCGAUACUUGAAGAAGGAGUAUACUAAGCUUUUUAAAAUGUUUCUAAUUAUGAGAUUUGUAAGAACAUUUAGCGUCCAUUCAUACAGCAUCCCACUUAUCGUUUUACCACCACGCCCAUGAAAUAUACAACAUAGUCCGCAUUCAUCGCAAAAUCUUGUAGACUCCGCUUAUUAUCGUUUAAAAAGCAUAGAAGAAUAUGUGAUUUUCUUUACGCGAACGCAUGCGCAUUGUAGACUGAAAUGUCUGAACGCUAAUGCAACGACUGAUCAGGUUCCAAAUUAUUCAGGACUUAGAAAACAUUUUAAAAAGCUAAAUAUACUUCUUCUUCAAGUAUCGAAUAUAAAUAGACGUAAAUCUCUAUCAGACGACUGAAAAGAGCAUAUUUUUUCGUAGUUUCUAUAAAAUACGUUUGACUUUGCAAGACUGCCGAAAAUCAAUGUGAAAUGCAUGCUACGUAAGUGGUCAUUUCUUGUCGAGUACGGUUUCUACGGGCGUUUGAAAAUCAGUGCAUUCAAAUGCCGACAUCCUGCCGAGUCCAAAAUAUUAUUGGAUUAUGCCGCAAGAUAAUCAAUAUUACAGCCGCACCUAUGUAAUCCUUCCUAAUCGAAAACGCAUUUCAGAAUUUCAGCCAACUUUUCACGAGAUCGGUCACUCACUGUGGGCCCAGGGAGUUUUCAGUAAUAAAUCUUAAGUACGAGACUCUGACAGGACUACAGUUUUGACUUGGUGGCUCAGAAGGGAAAAUUUAAAUUUUUAUUUUGUCACAGUUUUUAUGCCUUUUCUCCAAGUACAAACUAUAUAACGGAAACAAUGGUCAGUGAAACAAUUUUGGAAUUAGUUACAUUAAUCAGGCUGUCAGGUACAUUGAAUUGGGAUAAAUAUUCAGCUAUGAGGCGCCUACUGGCAUGUGGAAGAAAGGGGUAACCAAUCAUAGCGACCCCCCGUUUAUCUUUCUAAUGCCUUGAAAUAGCAUGAAAGUCCUCUGUCAGAUCUUUGGACAGCAUUAAACGCGAGAAUAGCGAUGAUUUUAUUAAAACUCAAGACACCUGGUGGGAAAUCAAUAAACCAUCACAUCGACCCCACUACCUUAUAAAUAGCAGAAGAAAAUCGUUAUCAAAAUUUCGACCUCUAUUAUUGAUUUGGCAAUCUAACUUGAAGUCGUCGCUUGCUUUAUUGCUGUUUUCACCCCUGAUAAUCGACUCGUAUGAGUUUUGGACAUUAGCAUGUGGUUUCUUCAGUUAAACUAAUGCCAGAGAAAUUUGUUGGCGGUGCCUUGUCAUGAAGGUGGAGCAAUGUGCUUUCAAUAAUAGGCCAGACAUCUCUGAGUACAUUUCUGAGAUUUCGACUGAUUUUUUGUCUUGCAUGCCUACUGACGGUGACUUGAAAGGGAACUUACAGCAGUUUGCCUUUCAGGACCAAAACGCGCAAUAGAUAGCGUGGAAUGACCUUUUUGCAGAGAUAUGCCAUAGUUUCUCUUUAGUUUCGUUUUUGCUAAGACAGAAGACUUCCUAAACAGUAUGCUUGUUCACUGAUAUCGUGGAAAGGCUAGCAAAGUGCGUUAAUCGUAAAUAGUGUCAGCUUUUGGCACUUGUAAUGCCCUUUGAGCAAAUGACAUCAAAGUCAAUUAAAAAACAGUGCUUAGUCAUUCAUAGAAAAGUUCUGAGGCUUAUAAAACAACGAUAACACAAGUACGGUUCCCGCAGCUCUAGCUCGUACUCUUCCCUUGCAUUGCCACUUUGAUAGUAUGCUUGAUAAGUCACUUUCUGCAUGCUAUGUCAAUCAAAUGAUCCCACUAUGGAGUGACGCUUGACUAAUGAGUAUGUGGUGAUGACUGCAGUUACAACUGCACGAGUGAACUGGAACAAAAAUUGUUUAUUUGCUUGCAUGAAUACAGAUAUGUCACAUGGAUCUUAGUGUAAAACUUCCGCAUUUGAUGGUCCCAUUGGUUAAUUCGUUCAGAACCACGGACUUGACAGUCUUCAAAACUGGUUUUAACUUAUUUAUUAGGCAAUUUGCUGUUGGGCUCUUGCAAAUGAUUACUUGAAGGUGACGUAUUUCCCGUUUAAAUCGGUAUUUCUAGGAGUAAAAUCAAAAUAUUUUCAAAAAAUGACUAAACUUUUGAUGCAUUUACUGAUAUGUGUUCAUAUGAUGCGUUUUCAGGCUUCUGCAAACUCCUACAGCGAAUUAUGCAAGACAAACAGGCCGGCUAGCAGCUCCGUGGCUGCAUUGUGA